AUGGAUGAGAAGACCGCGAAGGGCGCGGAGGCUCUCUGCUCCAAGUUUGCUGGCGAGAUUCGCGACGUCCUCGCAUACCGCCGGUUCGCUCAGAGGGUCUGGGGGAACACCACCGCUGCUUCCAAGGGGGCGUCCGAGGUCCUGGUAGCGUUCCACAACCUGGUCACGAUGUCUAUCGGGAACGAGUGGUUUUCGUACCCCAAGAGCCUCUACUGCCACCGCGAGGUCCGCAGCCGACUGGGCGAGCGAGCGGAGGCGGUGGCCACCGCCACGCCCGGGCCAGCGGAGGAGGCCCCGUCCGGGGCGUGGGCGAGGGCCGAGAACCUCGUGGGCUUCGCGGACCGGCCCGAGAAGUCGUGCUAG